UCGAUGGCACAAAUGGCUUCCUUCGCACUCAGCCCCUCCUGCUUCGGAUCCUUCACCGCGGCCGCAUCCAACAAGGCUUCCUCUUCUUCUUCUCCGGCGGCUUUCAAGCCACUCAAACUUCCUCUCUUUUGGCCAUGGCAGAAGGUAAAAAUGGGCCCUCUGAGUGUUUCCCCUAUGGGAUUUGGAACUUGGGCGUGGGGGAACCAACUCUUGUGGGGCUACCAGGAAUCUAUGGACUCUGAGCUUCAACACAUUUUCAAUUUGGCUGUGGAUAAUGGAAUUAAUCUCUUCGACACUGCGGAUUCUUACGGCACUGGAAGAUUGAAUGGCCAAAGCGAAAAGCUACUUGGAAAAUUUAUCCGACAAUCUCAAGUUAAAAAUGAGAUUGUGAUAGCCACCAAGUUUGCAGCAUAUCCAUGGCGCCUAACACCUGCACAGUUUGUCAAAGCUUGCCAGGGGUCUUUGGAGCGAAUGCAGAUGGAGAAAAUCGGUAUAGGACAAUUACAUUGGUCAACAGCAAAUUAUGCUCCCUUACAGGAGAUGGCUCUUUGGGAUGGACUAGUGGCAAUGUAUGAUAAGGGAUUAGUUCAAGCAGUUGGAGUAAGCAACUAUGGACCGAAGCAACUAGUAAGGAUAUAUGACUACCUAAAAGACCGAGGAGUUCCCUUAUGCACUGCUCAGGUGCAAUUUUCUUUACUGAGCAUAGGCGAUGAUCAGUUGGAGGUUAAGAAGAUAUGUGAUUCUUUGGGCAUUCGCCUAAUAGCUUACAGUCCUUUGGGAUUGGGAAUGCUUACAGGAAAAUACUCACCUUCCAAACUUCCAUCUGGACCUCGAGGUUUGCUAUUCAGGCAAAUUCUACCAGGAUUGGAACCACUACUGACUACACUUGGAGACAUCGCAGAGAAGAGACGCAAAACAAUACCACAAGUUGCCAUAAACUGGUGCAUAUCCAAAGGGACCAUACCCAUACCUGGAGCUAAGACAUUAAAACAAGCUCAGGAAAAUUUGGGUGCUCUAGGCUGGAACCUUACACAAGAGGAAUUGAACCUGUUGGACAAUGGAGCUCAAGAGUCCCCUCGGAAAAUGAUACAGAAUAUUUUCCAGACAAGGUAAACUUAGCUGCACCAAGAGGUGCCCGAGGAGAAGCUGGUGCAUAUAGCUCACAAGGGCUGUAGAUGAGUUCAAAUUGGAUAUUGAUGUGAGAAUAAUAAAUUAACACGUUUCAUCAAUAAAAUAGAUUCAAAAAGAAAAUAAGACCAUCUCAUAAUCAAUGUAAACCAAUAAAAAUUCUCAAGUUCGAAAUACAAAAAUAGAAUUCUUAACAAA